AGGCCAAGACUUCUAUCCUGCUCCUCGACCAGUCAUGUCCUAUAAAAGUGAGCAGCAUGUGGUGCCAAGUGCUUUGUAGCACAUGAAAUGGCUCUCAACGUCAAGUGGACACCGAAGCGAAGCGCCUCGUCAAGCCGUAGGCAAAAGCUGCUGCAGCUCUGGAGGAGUCAUCCACUGCGUUUGGCCAUUGCCAACACAUUCUGGGAGUACACGGAGCGCACUAAGGUGAGCGGAAUGUGGCUGCUGAGGCGCAAUCGAACGCACGGCUUGUCCAGAUACAUCUGGGCAACAGUGCUAAUAGGAUUGCUGCAGCUGAGCAUCUAUCUGACGCUCUUGCUCUGGCUCAAGUUCUACUCGUAUCCCAUACUAAACACCAUCUCCAAUGAUUUGUCCAUAACGGAUGUCGCUUUUCCCGGCGUCACUAUAUGCAGUCCCAAGGCGGUGAACAUGGAACGCGUGGAACGCUACGUAAAGACUCUCCGUAUACCUCCGGAGUAUGAUAUGGCUGAAGUGGCUGCCGGCUUUGACUUCCUCAAUGCUUUCACGGAUCAAUCAUUUGCGCCGCCUUCGCAUGACAGCUACAAGAUCACGGACGCAGUGUUGCGCCUGAACAAUGUGUCCAUUUGGGAAGCCGCCAUGGCCGUCAGUCCCGGCUGUGCAGAUUUUGUGAAGCGCUGUUUUUGGGGCUACGAGGAGUUUCAAUGCAACCAGACCCACGAAUAUCUGUCGUUUAUACCGACCACGGCAUUCCUUGGUCCCUGCUGCUCCUUCAACUACAAUCCCCGCAACAUCAGCUAUGUGCCGUUCUCGGCCAACAUUUUUGGCAUGGACGGUGGCCUCACCUUCAUCGGUGCCGAAGGAUCGGAGCGUAACUUGAGCACGGGUCUCAUUGUUCUCGUUCACCAUCCCAUGGACUAUGUUACGGAGACAGCUGCAUCAGUGACGAUCACCGCCAGAUCCGAGAGCUUUGUCGAGGUCUCGCCCACUGUGCAGUCAUCGUCGACGGAGGUGCUCGAGCUGUCGGAGAGCAAACGUGACUGUCUCAUUUCGGAUGAUCUUCAGCUGCGCAAUUAUCGUCAGGCCGCCUGCAUGUUAUCUUGCCAAACGGAGGCAAUCGGCAAGCGAUGCGGCUGCCAUCCUUAUCUGUUGCCCGUUGUCAGCCAGAAGUUCAAGGAGUGCAAUCUAAAUGACACCUUCUGCUAUUCGGACAACUACGACAACUUUAAGAGCGUUCGCUGUGAUCAAUGUCUGCCCAAUUGCUACGACGUCACUUACUCCACGCUGUCUUACAAGACCGAUCUAAAUUUGCAUCAGUUCUCCGUUAGCAACUUCUAGUGACACACCGGAGCUGCUCAACAACGACAGUUUUGUACUGCGUGUCUAUUUGGCUAAGCAGGUGGUGCCAGUUAUACGC